AUGCUGGGUCUGGACGCCAUGACGCCGACCUCCUGGCGGGCUCCCUCGGGCAGAAACACCACGUGCCACGGCACUGCCGCCAACAUGUUCCGGCCCGGCGACUACAGGAUGCUGCUGUGUGCAGAGGUCUCUGCUGAGGACUUCUACGUCAUUCACCACGAGAUGGGCCACAUAGAGUACUACAUGUCGUACCGUGACCAGCCGGCCAUAUUCCAGGACGGCGCCAACUCGGCCUUCCAGGAGGCGGUGGGCGACGCCGUCAUGUUCGGUGUACUGGCGCCACAGCACCUGCUCCGGCUGCGACUCGUGGACGAUGACGAAGCCUUCUCGCCAGACACGCAGAUAGCGCUGCUGCUGCAGCAGGCGCUGGCCAGGCUCCCCCAGGUCCCGUUCGGCCUGCUGGUGGACAAGUGGCGCUGGCGGGCUCUCAGCGGGGCCCUACGCCCGCCCGAGUACACCGCGGCGUGGUGGGCGCUGCGCUCGCACUACCAGGGCGUCAGCCCCCCGGUGCCGCGCGCCGCGGACGACUUCGACCCGGCCGCCAAGUUCCACAUCCCCGACAACACGCCCUACGUCAGGUACUUCCUCGCCAGCUUCCUGCAGAUGCAGCUCUUCAAGGCCAUGUGCGAGGCAGCUGUCCUCGGGCGAGUGGGCCCGCCGGCCCGCCUCUCGCUGCCGCUGCACCAGUGCGACAUCUACGGCUCCAAGGACGCCGGCAAGAGGCUCAGGGCCAUGAUGGAAAUGGGCAGCAGCCGGCCCUGGCCCGCCGCCCUGGAGGCCGUCGCGGGCGAGCGGGGCUACAGCGCCGGGCCCCUCCUCCAGUACUACGCGCCCCUUCACGACUGGCUGGCUCGCCAGGUGUGGCGACACCGCAUCCCCGUCGGCUGGGACCGGGACUGACCGUUCCCUCCGGGCGACACACCUGUCACGUUCCCCCAAUAAAACCUCUGGCAAGAUCA